GCAUUUGGCUAGUUCAUGACGCAAGCCUUUAAUGCGGCUGAUGGGUUGUCGAUACCUUCAUUUCCGAGGUUCCGUAAGCGCGAUUUAAUGGCGCUCGUGGGGUGCCUCUGUUUCGAUGAAUUUCAUGGCCCGAGAGAGUUGCAGCGACUUAGUUGACAGAGGACGCUCCGGGAACAGAGAAAAAAUGGCGAGAGCUCCCGUCUUUAUGGUGGGGCUUCUAGUUCUCUGUUGCUUCUCUGGCAUGACGAGAGCAGAGUACGUGAAGUAUAAAGAUCCGAAGCAGCCGCUGGACACUCGCAUCGAGGACCUGCUGCGCCGGAUGACUCUGGCGGAGAAGAUAGGCCAGAUGACGCAGAUUGAUCGCAGCGUAGCGUCCUUCGAGGUCAUGAAGAAGGACUUCAUCGGGAGUGUAUUGAGUGGAGGAGGGAGUGUCCCGGCUCCGCAGGCCUCGCCGGAGACCUGGAUCGACAUGGUGAACGAUUUUCAGAACGGGUCGUUGUCUACCCGGCUGGGCAUCCCCAUGAUUUACGGUAUCGACGCGGUUCACGGCCAUAACAACGUGUACAAGGCGACUAUAUUUCCUCACAACGUCGGUCUUGGAGCCACCAGGGAUCCUGAGCUAGUCAAGAGGAUCGGAGCUGCGACCGCACUGGAAGUUAGAGCUACAGGAAUUCCAUAUGUUUUCGCACCCUGUAUCGCGGUCUGCAGGGAUCCGCGAUGGGGUCGGUGUUACGAGAGCUACAGCGAAGAUCAUAAGAUUGUUCAGGCCAUGACCGAAAUUGUCCCCGGAUUGCAAGGUGACCUUCCUGCCGGUUCUCCGAAGGGUGUCCCCUAUGUCGCCGGAAAGAAGAAUGUGGCUGCAUGUGCAAAGCAUUACGUCGGGGAUGGUGGAACGACUGAUGGCAUCAAUGAGAACAACACUGUAAUAGAUUGGCACGGCUUGCUUAGCAUCCAUAUGCCCGGUUAUUACGAUUCAAUCAUCAAGGGCGUCUCGACCAUCAUGGUUUCGUACUCUAGCUGGAACGGAAUCAAGAUGCAUGCAAAUCGCGACCUAAUCACAGGCCUCCUUAAAAACAAACUCCGUUUCAGAGGGUUCGUGAUAUCGGAUUGGGAAGGUAUUGACAGGAUAACCACUCCCCCCCAUGCUAACUACUCCUACUCCAUUCAAACAGGAAUUACUGCUGGCAUUGACAUGAUUAUGGUCCCGUUGAAUUACACGGAGUUCAUCGACGGGUUAACCUUCCAGGUGAAGAACAAGAUCAUCCCCAUGAGCCGAAUCGAUGAUGCGGUGAGGAGAAUACUGAGGGUCAAAUUCACGAUGGGCCUAUUCGAGAAUCCAUUGGCCGAUACCAGCCUAGUGGACCAGCUAGGAAGUCAGGAGCAUAGAGAAUUGGCUAGGGAAGCUGUCAGAAAGUCCUUGGUGCUACUGAAAAAUGGUGAAGGAACUGAUGAGCCAUUACUUCCUCUCUCUAAGAAAGCACCAAAAAUACUAGUUGCUGGUAGCCAUGCAGAUAACUUAGGGUAUCAGUGUGGCGGAUGGACAAUUCAAUGGCAGGGACUCAGUGGCAACAACCUCACUAGUGGUACCACAAUUCUCAGUGCCAUUAAGAACACUGUUGAUCCAAAAACCAAGGUCGUCUACAAGGAAAACCCCAAUACGGACUCUGUCAAAUCGGGCAAAUUCUCCUAUGCCAUUGUAGUAGUGGGAGAACACCCUUACGCAGAGACAAAUGGCGAUAGCACGAACUUGACCAUUGCUGACCCAGGAACAAGCACUAUAUCGAAUGUAUGUGCAGCCGUCAAGUGUGUCGUCGUUAUCAUCUCCGGUCGUCCUGUCAUGAUCCAGCCCUAUGUCGCAGCAAUGGACGCUAUCGUUGCUGCUUGGCUUCCGGGAACAGAAGGCCAAGGGGUUGCAGAUGUUCUGUUUGGUGAUUAUGGCUUCACAGGCAAGCUUUCUAGGACAUGGUUCAAAACCGUGGAUCAGCUUCCGAUGAAUGUUGGGGAUCCUCAUUACGAUCCCCUCUUCCCAUUUGGUUUUGGUCUCACCACCAAUCCUGUUAAGAAGAACUAAACUAGGAAACGAAUUGGGACAUUUACACUGUUUCUGCACCACCAAAAAUUAUUGAAAUUUCCAUUUGGCGGAACUUAUGGCACCACGCAAAUAGUUCUUUAGACACAAAUCAGAAACUACUCAAUAGAAGUAAAACAGAGCUUGAUUA